AUGCAAUAAAAAAGAAUCAAUUUAGCUAACCAUCUUAGUGGUCGUAAUAUUAAAUGCUAUCAGCAUAACGAACCUCUAAGCCAUCUAGACCUUUCAAGAGUUUGUGAGGAUAUGUCAAGAUUGAAAUGUAAAUCAUGCAAAUUAAAUAAACGAUGCGUUACGAUUCAUUAGUUCAAUACUAUUUGUGAAUAACUGAAUAAUUAGGAUGAUGAUAAUGAUAAGAGAAUGAACGAUUAUUUGAAAAUUUUUUAAAAUAUUGAAAAAACACUUAAUUAGAUGAAUGAAAAAAUUAAGAGCAUAAUAUCUAGGCCGCUAGAAGAUAACAAAUUUAGAACCCAUUUAAAAUCUUACAACGAAAUUAUUUAUUCAUUUAAUAAUUAGAUAGGAUUUGGCCUCUAAGAAUUUGAGUUUCUAACUUAAUGUAUUUCAGAAGAGGUUGAAUUUGAACAAUAAAAGAAUAGUUUGGUUUUGAAAACAAAAGGUUUAAAUGAUUAAAAAUAGGCUGAGACAAAUUAAUAUUUAGACUUAGUAUAAUAAUUAAAUUAGAUGAUAAGUAGUUUUGUAAUAUAAAAUAAUAUGUGCCAUACUCAAAUGCUGUAGAAUAAUUUAAAAAAUGAACAAAUUGAAUAAGUUAAACCCACCGAAAGUGAUCAGAUAUUAAUUUGUAAUUAAGAGGGACAAAUACUAAGAUCCAACUCAAAAUUAUCAAUAGCUGAUAUUAAAUUAAAUUAUGAUUAAACUAUUCUAGCAGCAAGAUUAUGUGAACCAUGCAAAAACAUAUUGUUUUGGAAAAAAGAUAAUUAGUCGAAUCAAUGGGUCAAAUUUCAUAACUUAGAAUGUUAUACAAAAUCUUUAGUGUAUUUUACAUUUAGCGAAUUAUAAAACUUUAUGAUAACUAGUGGAUCUGAUUUGUUAAAUCCUAAUAGGGCUCUAUUAAAGAUAUGGAUUUUGAAGGAGCAUUCUUGGAUUAUUAAGCAAUCAUUUUAGUCUUAAAUUUAUUCAGGAUAUGGAUCUUAAAGAAUUUCAUGUGUUGCUAUGAAUUCUUCGGAAUCUGAAAUAUUUUUUGCUGAGGGAAUUCGUAUCGGUGUUAUAAAAAUAAAUCAUUUUCAUUUAGAAUUAAAGUAUUGUUAAGAAAAAUCAAGUGAAUUGAUCACCACUAUCAGUUUAUCAAAUGACGAUAAAACAUUGGCUGUUGGAGGAUGCGAUUAAAAAGUAAUUCUCUGGAAUAUCGAGGAUACAAAAUUAACUUAGAUUCAAAAACUGAAAUUGUAUAACACUCCUAAGAAAAUUUUAUUCAGUGUAAAUAAUGAAGAUCUAAUUAUUUGUACAAAGGAUGGUUUGGUUCAUUGUUUUAAUAAAAAUUAGAAACAAAAAGAAUAUAUAGAAAAUCAAAAGAUCUUUAAUAAUAUUGCUAAAAUUAGAACGAUUGACUUUAAUCACGAUUCAUCAGUUCUAGCAAUUGGAGGAGAAACUAAUAUUCUUUAAUUGUGGAAGAAGAACCCAUAAAAUCAAUGGAAAUGUUAUAAUGAAUAUAAGUAGGACGAUUUCAUAGAGGCGAUUUGUUUUUCAUAAACUCCUGAGAUUGCCUUCGCAUCGAAUAAUAAUGAAAUUUAUAUACAUCAAAUAUUUUGA